AUCUGAAAGUAGAUCAUCAUGGCGAGCCCAAGGAGACACACAGAUGACUGGGUUCUGCAACCUUUCUGCAAUAAGCCACCGAAGAGUCAACCACACAUACUCUCUCCCUGUCUAUGGACCCUUCUCCUCUUCUUGCUCAUGGGGCAAGGAGCCUCUGAAAAGGACUCAGCCUCAACAGUGGUGAAAGGCAUUCUAGGGGGUUCAGUGAUUCUCUCCCUGAAUAUUUCAGUGGAUGCAGAAGUUGAGCGCAUCACCUGGAGUGGUCCCAAAGACACUAUUGCUUUAGCAUUCCCAAGUGGAGAGAUUUUGUUUUUAGACAAAAGCUACCAAGGGCGAAUAGACAUCCCAGAAAACAACUCUUUGUCUAUUAACAAGCUGACUCUGAAAGAUGCUGGUUCAUACAAAGCCCGGAUAAACCAAAAGGGAUCUGAAGACAUCAAUGAGAGAUUCAUCUUAUAUAUCUAUGAACAGCUGCAGGAGCCCCAAGUCACCAUACAGUCUGUGAACAUGUCUGAGAAUGCCUCCUGUAUCAUCACUCUGGUAUGCUCUGCGGAGGGAGCAGGGGGAGAUGUUCAGUACAAAUGGACUUCGAGAGAUCCUCGUGCUUCUGAAUCCUGGGGGGACCCUACUCUCAUCGUCUCCUGGUUGCCCUGUGACGCAGACCUACCAUACACCUGCACAGCCAAGAACCCGGUCAGCCAGAGCAGCUCCUACCCUGUCCAUGUCUCGCAGUUCUGCACAGAUCUAGGAGCCUCCCGAGGAGGAUCAAUGGGGGAGACGGUGCUAGGGGUCCUGGGGGAGUCCAUCACCCUGUCCCUGGCACUCCUGGACAGUCAGCACGUAGACAAUGUUGUCUGGAUGUUUAACACGUCUAUUAUCAGCAAAGAGUGGAGAGGAGAAGGAAUAGCCAAUCAACUCACUGAGUUCAAGAAUCCGGAUCAGAGCACAGUGUGGGUCUCAAGCCAAGACUACUCUCUAAAGAUUAUCCAGCUGAAGAUGGAGCACGCUGGCCUCUACCAUGCCUACAUGUGCUCAAAUGCCAGAAUUGCCAGCGUGAAACACAUCAAUCUGCACAUCUACCAGAGGCUGAAGAAGCCAAAAGUCACGAGGAGCCUUGGGCUCACAAAGGACGGCAUCUGCAAGAUCAGCCUGACAUGCUCAGUGGAGGACAGUGGACACAAUGUGACAUAUGGAUGGGCCCCUCUGCCUAAAGGAGCUGUCAUUUCCCAAGGAGGAGCUCACCUCAGCAUCUCCUGGAUAAGUGGAGAAAAACACCCCAACUUCACCUGCAUGGCCAGCAACCCUGUCAGCAACAGCUCCCGGCAGUUUCUUUCUAGGGACCUCUGUCCAGGUUGCUCCCCAUCUCUGUUCAGCCAGACCUCAGAGCUUUGGGUCCUUGGACCUAAGAGUUUUCCUUCUGAGCAGUUCUUUAUGAAGUGCAGCAAGUGGAGUGAGAUUUCCUUUGUUGUGCAAAAGNGGGUGGAGAGGGAGGAUGGCCAUUCUGUUCUGUUCACAGUUUACCCUAACUCUCUUCUUAUUACUUAUACUAAUAUCCCCCAUUUCCUCUUCACAGGACCUGAGAGAAGCACAGAGUUUUGGAUUGGGCUCUCCCUGGUGGUUCUUUUCAUCCUUCUGGGCUUUGGGAUCUCUGGCUGGUGCUUUUGGAAGCAAAAAAGACGAUGUUCAGCCGCAGCUUUCAGUUCCAGUCAAGCUGAGACAUCAGUUGACACACCAGAGCCCACUGCUGGCCGCAUACCAUACUCCAUGCUUUCCCAAGGGUGUGAGGAGCUGGACACUUUCCCUAAGACUGCCAGGCAUGCCUCCGACAGCAGCUCUGACAGCAAUGGAACAACUGAGGAGGAUGAGGAGAGGACAGGGAUGCACCAGCCCAUCAAUGGAAGAGACCAGGUGUGUGACUCGGGCACUCGGGAGGACGCCGGACUUGACUCGGACUCUGAGGGCCAAGCAGAGUAUGAUCUCGUCACUCCAGAUAACAUGGCACCAGCACUUGUGGUUGAAGGGGAAACGGUGUACACACAAGUGUUCCUUAACUUGCAGGGAAAGACUCCAGUUCCUCAGAAGAAAGAGAAUUCAGCCACAGUCUACUGCUCUAUACAGAAACCUCAGAAGGUUGUGCCACCACCACAACAGAAUGACCUUGAGUCUCCUGAAAUACCUACCUAUGAAAAUGUCCCCUGAAAAGAAAGGCAACUACCUCCCUCAGUGAGGUUAGAGAGGCUGCUAGACCUAAUAAGGCCUGGGCCCCUGCAGACAGAAGAACUUCAGAAUUUCCUUCAUUGUCUCAGAUAUGCCUGCAUUUGGGCCUCCUCUUUUUCUCACACCUCGUGACUUCCCAAAUCCACCAACAGAUCAGAGGCUGAUCAGACAGCCUCUGGGCUCUGUUUGUCUCCUAUGCUCAUAUUGUACAACCUCUUAGCUCAGAUGCAUGCCUCAAAACUCUGCCAAGGCUCGUCAUGUCGUCAAAGAGGACCACGAUCUUCACAUGGUCCUAUAAACAGCUGCUAAGAUAAAUCUAACAGAUAAUCUCACUUAUGAACUCAAAGAUCUAGGUGAAAUCAUGGCCACUGUAGUAUUUUUUUAAAUAAAAGACUAGAAAUAA